AUGAUAAAGAUUUAGAUAUUUCAAAUGCUGAUGAUGAUGCUGAAGAUAAUGCUACAUCAAGCUGUCAGCAGCCAAUUCAGAAUGUUGAUCAAAUAUUAACCAAAAUUUCACUAUCAAGUAGUGCACGACAGAUAAUACAAAGUAGAUAUAACAUAAACACGUCAAACUUAGAAGACAAUUGGUUUCUGGAUUAUUAUACAAUAGAAAAUAAUACGGCAAGAUGCGAUAUUUGUUACUGUGUAAUGGAAAUUACUAUUAAUAUUCAAGUACAGGAAGAAAAAAUGCAUAAUCACAUAUUGAAUGAACAUAAGAAUCCGAACAUUUAUCGGAGGCGUAUGACUUCGUCAUCAGAAAUCAGCUCAAAAGAAUUGAAAUUUUAUACCAUAAAAAAUUAUGACGUCGAAUGCAACUUUUGUGAUAAAAUUUAUCCUGGAAAAGACAUAACGUUUUCUAAUUUACGCACUCACAUAACGAUGUUUCAUGCAUUUGAAACGAAUAAAGCAGAAAAAAUCUGCAAUUGGCUGCGCAAAAAUUUUGAUAUGGAUGAGGAACGUUGUCGCUGCAACCACUGCGAACUUGAAAUUCCAAAUAAACCAGUAUUUUUAUUAAUCCAUUUGAAUCAAAUGCAUGAGUUUGAACUACCUCUGGAUAUCACACCAAGAUUGUUAUGGAAUUUUACUACAAAAUUCAAAAACGAAUGGCUAUCGUAUUAUUAUUAUAUUACGAAAGAUUUAGUUACAGAAGAUGAGAAAAAUAUAAAAUGCAAUAUUUGUGAUACAUGUUUUACUGUUAGCAUAUAUCACAUAAAGAUAAUACUGCACAUAAAUUAUGAACAUAGAAAAACAUCUGAAAAAUUUAUUUCUACAGAAGACGCACAGAUAAGAAAGCUAUUUUCUGUUGAAGACAAUCAAUUGAAAUGCAAUUUUAAUAAAUGUAAUUAUUCUUGUCCUAUUCAUUUUAAUGGUCUACAAGAGGAACCGAAACAUCAUUUACUCAACAAUCAUAAACUUAAUCGCGCUCAAACCAAUGAUCUUUACAACUGGCUAUUGUUGUAUCAACAUGUAUUACAUAUUGAAACAUCAAAAUGCAUAAUUUGCAAGGACAUAUUUCAACAUAAGUUGUUUAGUUUAAUGACUAUGAAGCAUUUUAUAAAAGAACAUCGAAUCGAAUAUCUGUUUCAUCUAAUAUCAAAGAAAUUAUUAGAUAAAUUGGAGAUUUUAAAUUCUGAUAACAAUACCGAUAAUGUUGCUUUACCAGGAAGCAGCAGUCAGCAGCCAGUUCAAUGUAUUGAAGAAAGUUCUUCCAAAGAUUCAUCAACAAGAUUAUUAAAUGAUAAAGAUUUAGAUGUUUCAAAUGUUGAUGAUGAUGCUGAAGAUAAUGCUACAUCAAGCUGUCAGCAGCCAAUUCAGAAUGUUGAUCAAAAUUUAACCAAAAUUUCACUAACGAGUAGUGCACGACAGAUAAUACAAAGUAGAUAUAACAUAGACACGCCAAACUUAGAAGACAAUUGGUUUCUGGAUUAUUAUACAAUAGAAAAUAAUACGGCAAGAUGCGAUAUUUGUUACUGUGUAAUGGAAAUUACUAUUAAUAUUCAAGUACAGGAAGAAAAAAUGCAUAGUCACAUAUUGAAUGAACAUAAGAAUCCGAACAUUUAUCGGAGGCGUAUGACUUCGUCAUCAGAAAUCAGCUCAAAAGAAUUGAAAUUUUAUACCAUAAAAAAUUAUGACGUCGAAUGCAACUUUUGUGAUAAAAUUUAUCCUGGAAAAAACAUAACGUUUUCUAAUUUACGCACUCACAUAACGAUGUUUCAUGCAUUUGAAACGAAUAAAGCAGAAAAAAUCUGCAAUUGGCUGUGCAAAAAUUUUGAUAUGGAUGAGGAACGUUGUCGCUGCAACCAUUGCAAACUUGAAAUUCCAAAUAAACCAGUAUUUUUAUUAAUCCAUUUGAAUCAAAUGCAUGAGUUUGAACUACCUCUGGAUAUCAUACCACGAUUGUUAUGGAAUUUUACUACAAAAUUCGAAAACGAAUGGCUAUCGUAUUAUUAUUAUUUUACAAAAGAUUUAGUUACAGAAGAUGAGAAAAAUAUAAAAUGCAAUAUUUGUGGUACAUGUUUUACUGUUAGCAUAUAUCACAUAAAGAUAAUACUGCACAUAAAUUAUGAACAUAGAAAAACGUCUGAAAAAUUUAUUUCUACAGAAGACGCACAAAUAAGAAAGUUAUUUUCUGUUGAAGACAAUCAAUUGAAAUGCAAUUUUAAUAAAUGUAAUUAUUCUUGUCCUAUUCAUUUUAAUGGUCUACAAGAGGAACCGAAACAUCAUUUACUUAACAAUCAUAAACUUAAUCGCGCUCAAACCAAUGAUCUUUACAACUGGCUAUUGUUGUAUCAACAUGUAUUACAUAUUGAAACAUCAAAAUGCAUAAUUUGCAAGUACAUAUUUCAACAUAAGUUGUUUAGUUUAAUGACUAUGAAGCAUUUUAUAAAAGAACAUCGAAUCGAAUAUCUGUUUCAUCUAAUAUCAAAGAAAUUUUUAGAUAAAUUGGAGAUUUUAAAUUUUGAUAACAAUACCGAUGAUGUUGCUUUACCAGGAAGCAGCAGUCAGCAGCCAGUUCAAUGUAUUGAAGAAAGUUCUUCCAAAGAUUCAUCAACAAGAUUAUUAAAUGAUAAAGAUUUAGAUGUUUCAAAUGCUGAUGAUGAUGCUGAAGAUAAUGCUACAUCAAGCUGUCAGCAACCAGUACAGAAUAUUGAUCAAUAUUUAUCCAUAAUUUCACUAACGAUUAAAGAUUAAGUUGAGAUAACAAGUUUUUGAAUAAAGACCUAAUCACCAACAGUGAUGGCCAAAUUAUUUUCCUUAAAGAGUUUGAAAUGUUAAUUAAAAUUAAGAUGCUUGCUACU